GGACGAGCAGUGAGCGCUGAGACGGGCGCGGGCAGCUGGUAAAUCAACAACCCACGUCCCCCUCAAAAGAGAUUAAAGUUCAGUUCGGCCAUCAAAGGACCCUCGGAAAAAAACAAUGAAUCUGUUUGUGGAAACUUUACUGUUCCUGGGCACGCUCGUCUACUCCUACCUGGAGGCUUUCGUGAAGCUGUUUGUCCCCGUGAGGAGGAAGUCUGUCAGCGGAGAGCUUGUGCUCAUCACGGGUGCUGGCCAUGGCGUCGGCAGAGCGACCGCCCUCGAGUUCGCCAAGCGCCAGAGCAGGCUGGUCCUCUGGGACAUCAGCAAGCACAAAGUUAAGAAAUAAAUUAAUGAUUGUUCAUCUUCUGCAGCCUUGCAUUUUUUCCUUUUUUGUUUUUAUAUAAUGAAUGACAGACACACUUCUGGGCCUUUGUUUUGUCUCCAAAAGGUGAAAAAGGAGAUUGGGGAUGUGACCAUCCUGGUGAACAAUGCUGGUGUGAUCACAGCUGCCGACUUCCUCUCAACUCAGGACCACCAGAUAGAAAGAAUGUUUGAAGUCAACAUCCUUGCUCACAUGUGGACAACAAGAGCUUUUCUGCCAGCCAUGAUGAACAACAACUAUGGGCACAUUGUCACGGUGGCUUCGGCAGCAGGUCAUUUUGGGACUUCUUUCAUGGUGGCUUAUUGCUCGAGCAAGUUUGCUGCAGUUGGAUUUCAUAAAGCUCUGACAGAGGAGCUGUCUACCCUGGGAAAGGACGGAAUAAAAACCACGUGCCUUUGUCCGGUUUUUAUAAACACUGGAUUUGUCAAAAACCCCAGUACAAGGCUUGGAAAGAUUUUGGAGAUUGAAGAGGUUGUAGAGGCUCUGAUGGAAGGAAUAGUGACCAAUCAGAAAAUGGUUUUUGUUCCAUCAAAUCAGAAGGUCGCUUUACUGCUUGAAAGAGUGUUUCCAGAACGUGCCCUGAAUGUUCUGAAGAAGAUGACCGAUGUCAAGUUUGAUGCAAUCAUUGGGCAGAGAAGCACCCAGUGAAAGCCAAGAAUUGAUUCUCAUUUCGCAGUGGCCAUGUGUGAAAACAGAACAUGUGCUGAGGGUAGUUCAGCUGGUUUGAUACAGAACAAAGACAGGUGCUUCCAGGCCACCAUUUCCAAGCACACAGAAGGAUUUAUCCCGCACCUGCAGCAGGAACACACCUGCAUAACAUGGAGUGUUAGCAAAGCAGAGAUGCAGCUCUAAAAGUCUAAAGAACUGCUUUCAGUGUACAUCACAUUGCCUCUGUCUCGUAGUGUUGAGGCAGACAGGAAUUCCCUCAAAGCCUGUAUUUGGCACAGCACAGCUGCCUAUUUGAGUGCCAAGGGAUUGCCUGAGAAUAUGUUAAUCUGGACUCAUCUCUGAGCAAAGCUGUCUUGCAAGAAGGAAUUUAUACAGCAGGUGGGUGGCCUGUUUCACCUCAAUUUAUAUUUUUAAAUGUACAAUGAAUUUCACAUACUUUUGUAGCAAGUACCUGAAACAAUAUAGGUGUGUAUGUUAUAUAAUACCUAAUUACAUCAAUUAUCAAUUAUGAAUGAGCACCAUCAAUAUGCCUUUAUAUGAAUAAAUAGAGUUCUUUAACACAAA